AUGCCACAGGCAAAAACACCAAGUUGCGGCCUUGAAUGCCUGGCGGCUAAGGCGUCCACAAACAGGCUGCGGGAGCUUCGUCACUCCAAGCAGCUCACGCUCGACUUCACCUCUCCCAUCAGCUUGCUCCUCACCUCCGCCACCUCUCUACGCCAGGUCUCUCCCUUCUUCUGCCUUCAGUCUGAUUACAGCACUCCUGCCUUUUGCUCUUUGCUUCGGUUGUGCACCCUCCGCGUUGCCAAGAUGCCGGGCUUCGACUUCUCCAACUACAACCGCAACGCGGCUCUUCACGCCAGGGGCGUUCCCCUUCCCAAAGCCACCAGCACUGGUACGACAAUUGUUGGUUGCAUCUAUGAUAAUGGCGUUGUGAUCGCAGCAGAUACCAGAGCAACCAGCGGCCCUAUAGUAGCAGACAAGAACUGCGAGAAGCUACACUACAUCGCACCCAAGAUCUGGUGUGCCGGCGCCGGUACAGCCGCAGACACCGAAUUCACCACCGCCCUGAUCAGCUCGAAUGUUGAACUGCACUCCCUAUCGACUGGCCGCGAUCCCCGAGUGAUUACGUGCAUGACUAUGCUCAAGCAACACCUCUUCCGAUACCAGGGCCACAUUGGAGCGUACCUUGUGGUGGCAGGCGUGGACCCGACCGGCGUUGGACUGUACACUGUGCACGCGCACGGCUCGACAGACAAGCUGCCAUACGUGACGAUGGGGUCUGGUUCACUGGCAGCCAUGUCGGUGUUCGAGUCGAUGUGGCAGCCUGACCUGGACAAGGAGGGUGCCAUUGCCUUGUGCUCCGAAGCCAUCAAGGCUGGUAUCUUCAACGAUCUGGGCUCUGGUAGCAAUGUCGACGUGUGUGUCAUCGAAAAGGACAAGCCUACUCAGCUUCUCCGCAAUUACGAAAGGCCCAACGAGCGUGGACAAAAAGAGCGCAACUACCGCUUCCCUCGCGGCACAACUGCUUGGUUGAACCAGAAGGUUAUCAGCAAGGAGGAUAUGAAGAAACUUGUCACCAUUGAAACCAUGUCUGGGGACGACAAUCUGACUGUCGGGGAGAAGAUGGAGGUUGACGCUUAG